AUGAAACUAGAUUGUUUUCAAUGUCUUACUUUGAAAGCUAUUUGUAGCAUCAAUGCAUAUUUGUGUCUGCUUAGAACUGUUUAUGUGGAAUCGUUGUGUGCAAAAUUACAAGCAUAUUUUUCAAAUUUUCUCUAUAGCAAUAUUGAUGUUACUGGAAGCAGUGAACAAAAUCCAAAUAGCAUCACAUUUGGGCCCAAUUUUGAGAAUCAGAAUGAUGAUGAAAAGCACGAGACAGCACAAAAAGAUACAUCAUCUCGCUUCUUUCGUUGGAAUGCAAUAUUUGGUUUGUCAUUUGGCAAUCCCUUUUCUAACAACUUUGUUGAUCAGCAAAUAGAGGAUUCUAUUGAUGACACACUAGUCUCUGACUUCAGCUCCUCAAAUACCACACUUGAAUCUGAAUCUGAUCAAGAUGCUAGUUAUGAAGAGAACAGGCUAUUGGAGGGUUUUGAUCUUUAUGAUGAAAUUCCAGCUGAAGUUUUGAACAGUGUGGAUGAGCAAUCUGAUGAUGAUCAAUCUGAAAAAACCAUAACUAUUAUUGCCGAAAAGGAGGAUUUACCAGGAGACCUAGCUUUUGAAAUUAUUUCACAAGAAGAAAUAGCAAUUGCUGGAGGAAAUCAAGAGCUAGAUGAAACUAUAGGAAAUGGUGUCAAUCGACUGAAGACAUAUUUAAACAAAGAAUUUGAAGGACUUCUGAACCAAGAUGCAGAGAAAGACAUGUUGACAGCAGUGAAUAUGCCACGUGUUAUGGUCACAAUUGCAAAGCUAGAAGAAUUGCAUGGUAGGAGGUGCAAAGAAUUGCAGGAAGGAGUGCCGUGUGGGAGCGAUGUAAUAUAUAGUUCAGAGUUUGGAAAAGCAUCAGUCCUUGUGUUAUCAUGGUCAUGCAAAAAUAACCACAGGGGAAUCUGGAGAUCUUCAGAAGUACUAAAAUUUGUUAAAAAUAACAACAUAUAUGUCAACGAUAUAAUGAUUCCUGCAGCUGUGGCUUUGACAGGCAACAAUUAUUCAAAGUUUUCUCUCCUAUGCCAAGCCUUAAAGGGAAUAGAAGCAUAUAUCAAGCACUCUCUAAAAUUAGAUAGUAGGGAGCCUGCGCAGUGUAGUCACAUGUAACAGUGCAUGCAACAGUGUAAAAUGCAACAGUGCAUGCAAAUGCAUGAAAAAAAGUGCACAAACAAGUUAGAAGAGGUAUGCUAACAACGGUCAUAUUUAUUCUUCAUUGGCAGUGCCAGGUAUCUAAACUUGGGACACAAGA